CAGUUUGGCAAACAACAGUCUACUGUACUGAUCCUCGCUGGCGCAUUUGCAGUCCUCUUUCAGGCUUGCUCGGUGCAGCUUCAUGGAGUGAGCAUUUUUGAAGUUCCUUCAGUUCACGAAGCAUUUUUGUCGCUGUUUUAUGGGACUAUCUGGCUGUUUCUGAUCAUUGGAGUCGUCACCCAAUGUUAUAAACCAUCUAUUUGUAAUGGACGGGAAACGAGGAAAACGUCCUGGGAAUUUGAAGAAGCCAACACCGAUUACAUUGGAUAUCAGUUCAACUGAUUCGGAUGUGACACCGGUUGACGGAGCUGCAAGGCCACCUGUUGUGACCGAUGGCGAUCAGGAUCCCAGUGUUCUCACUGAGGAGAAUAUGCGUCCAGAGGAGUUUGAGAGAAUAUGUGACCUUGGCGCAGGUAAUGGCGGUGAGGUGAUCAAGGUACGCUUUCGGCCCACGGGAAUGAUCAUGGCAAGGAAGCUUAUUCACUUGGAAGUGAAGCCGAGUAUACGAAAACAGAUCGUGUCCGAGCUGAAAGUCCUCACAAAGUGCAACUCUCCAUACAUCGUUGGUUAUUACGGUUCCUUCUACGCAGAGGGAGAAAUCAAUAUCUGUAUGGAACAUAUGGAUGGUGGUUCAUUGGAUCUGAUCAUGAAGCGUGCAGGUCGCAUACCAGAGGAUAUCCUCGGCAAGAUUACGUGCAAUGUUCUAGAUGGAUUGCUGUACCUUCGUGAGACGCACAAGAUCAUGCAUAGAGAUAUCAAACCCUCCAACAUCCUGGUGAACAGCAAGGGCGAAAUCAAACUGUGUGACUUCGGUGUGAGCGGCCAACUCGUCGACUCUGUGGCCAUUACAUUUGUUGGCACGAGAUCGUACAUGGCGCCCGAGCGACUGAAGGGCGUGGCGUACUCGGUGCAGAGCGACAUCUGGUCCCUGGGCGUGUCUCUGGUGGAGAUGGCGCUGGGCGUGUUCCCCAUUCCGCCCCCGCCAGCAGAACGGAUAAAGCAAGCGCUCAGCUCACCUGCUGCAGGCAGUGAGGGCGCUGUCGGCCUAGCGUCCAACGACACCGAGCCAGCCAUGGCAAUAUUUGAGCUGCUCGAGUAUAUUGUCAAUGCUAAACCUCCGACUCUUCCUAGCGCGUACUUCUCACCCGACAUCAUUGAUCUUGUCAAUUCCUGCCUUAUGAAGGAGCCAAAAGAUCGACCGAGUCUUCAAAUUCUAAAACAACAUGACUUUGUCCAGCGUUCGUCGGCAGCGAGUAUUGAUGUGGCAAAGUGGGUCCUGGCUACGAUGGAAUCCUCAAUGUGAUCUCCGCCAGGUUUGUUACAUGCCAGCUCUCACGUGUGUGUGCACGUGUGGCUGGUUACGAUGCCGUCUCGUGUGUGCUCGCGUGCGUUCCUCGUCGUCGUCGUUUGGCGAUGAAUGCUGUUUGACGACUGAGGUUGCCGUGCGCUAGUUGGUAGCGGCUGUGCCGGUUGUGUCCAUUCUCCAUCACUGCUGCUGCUGCUGUCAAACGGCAAAUGUUUAUAUUCUUUUAUUGUACUCAUCAUCAACAGACCAGGUCUUUACGUUUGCACGCUCCUCUUGUUAGUGUCGGACUCCUUUUCUUCUGCUCGAUUUUACCUCAUCAAGCAGUUCGCACCUAUCCCGUGCACUCGUCCCGUACCCUAUGCUGCUGUUGUUGCUGUUUUGCUGUUUUUUAUCCUAUGCGGGCACAUAGGCGGCUUUGUGCGUGCGCCCUCUGCCAAUCCGGUGAGUGGGCGUGCCGCGACGGUCACCGUUGACCUGUUGCCAUGCACUACGUCACUGCUUGCCCCAUUGCAUUGCGCCGCCGCCGCCGUCGUUGUUGCCGUCAAUGCGCCACCGGAAAGCACGGCUUUCAUAGUGCCACGCUUAGCCUUCCUGGGUCCCGUCUCGUUGAGGAAUCGCCACCGUUUCCCAUUCUCCGGCUAAUUUUCCCCAGCACUAUUUGCACGACGCAAUUAGUUUUUUUUUAGUUUCUCUUUUCCCCUUUCAGGUCCUAUUAAAUUAGCUAUAUUCACAGAUAGAGUAUCAUCAUUGGCUGUUCAUGUCUGCUUGUCAUUUUGUUUUUUUUUGUUUUUUUCGUGCUCGAAUCCAUCUGGGUCAUGCUUUUUGCUCCAGAUGGUUUCUGUGUCUUAUUACUGAACGGCCCCAGACUUUAACUGUGUCCUCUUUAGAGUUUCCUGGCGACUGUUUCUUAUGGUGUUCUACCGCUGAGGUUAUUGUACAUUAUUCAGCUGGACAGGUGUCCUGUAAGUUUCUUUCUGCCUUGCUCAGUGAAUAUAGUUAUGCAUGUCUUGAGAGCUGGAUAUGAUAUUCCCCGUUCCUGUUUUUGUUUUCGGUUCUCUCUCUCUCUCUCAUUCUCUCUCUCUCUCUCUCUCUCUCUCUCUCUCUCUCUCUCUCUCUCUCUCUCUCUCUCGUCUAUAGUCAUAGUUUCACUUCUCGUGUGAGCCCCGCGGUGUGCACAGGGCGCCCCGAGCGCUCCUCGUCUUGAUUGGUGCGGCUAGUCUGCACAUGCGACCAGCUAGCCUCUAUCAUGUGUUAGUGUGUGUGUUUACCUUUUCCUGUAUACAGUUAGUCGUUGGUGUUACGAAUUGAUUUCGAUGAUUUCUCUCUUCUUCUUUUCUUCUUUUUUUACAAUACGCGCUGUCACAUGGCUUGUACCACUAUUAUGUCUUACUUAGUAGUUGUGUCACGUCCGGAGUGCUUUUGUCAAUCUACAUGACCACGCGUAGCUCUUUAUGCUGUCUAGUAUGUAUCUUUCUUGCAUUGAACAUUAGCUACUGGGAGUUGCUUUCGUCUUCUCAACUAAGUUACUGCCUUUGA